CGCAUGCAAGCAAAGCAGGCGCGCGUAUUCGCAUGCGCACUCAAAUGUGAUUUAAUUGCGACUUUUUUUUUAAUUUACUUGCGCGAGUUAAUAACUUGAACUGGAGUUUUAUUUACUCGUUAUUAUUUCAAGCCGCGCAUUAAAUAAAAUCAAGAAAACAUGCCGGACAUGAAAUAUAUUUUGGUCACCGGUGGAGUGAUAAGUGGUGUAGGGAAAGGUGUGAUUGCCAGCUCGUUUGGCACAAUCUUGAAGAGUUGUGGUAUUGAUGUUACUUCAAUUAAAAUUGAUCCUUACAUAAAUAUAGACGCUGGAACCUUCUCGCCGUAUGAACAUGGUGAAGUUUACGUUUUGGAUGACGGAGGUGAAGUUGACCUUGAUCUUGGCAACUACGAACGCUUCUUGGAUAUCACUUUGCAUAGAGACAACAAUAUCACCACCGGCAAGAUAUAUCAGCAGGUUAUAGAAAGGGAAAGACGAGGCGACUAUCUUGGGAAAACUGUACAAGUUAUUCCUCACAUUACCGAUGCCAUACAGGAGUGGGUCCAGAGAGUAGCUCACAUUCCUGUAACAGCAAAUAAUGCCCCACCCAGAGUAUGUAUUGUGGAGCUUGGUGGAACCAUUGGUGACAUAGAAAGUAUGUCAUUUGUUGAAGCAUUCAGACAAUUUCAAUUUAGGGUAAAAAGGGAGAAUUUUUGCUGUGCCCAUGUCUCAUUAGUGCCAAUGCCAAAAUCUACUGGUGAACCUAAAACAAAACCAACACAGUCUUCUGUGAGGGAGCUUAGAGGAUUAGGAUUAUCACCUGACCUGAUAUUGUGUCGUUCAGAAAAACCAAUCAAUCACACAGUCAAAGAGAAGAUAUCCAAUUUCUGUCAUGUUGCACCAGAACAGGUUUUGUGUAUUCAUGACCUAAGUUCUGUAUACCAUGUACCAUUACUAAUGGAAUCCCAAGGACUUGUGCAGUAUAUAAAUGAGAGGUUACAGCUAAACAUAUCUAUGCCACGUCCUGGAAGGUUCAUGCAAAAGUGGCGUAAUCUUGCCAAACGUGUUGAUAAUCUGCGCAAAGAAGUGAACAUCGCCCUAGUCGGUAAAUAUACUAAAUUACAAGACAGCUAUGCCAGUGUAACAAAAGCUCUUCAACACGCGUGCAUAGCUGCUGGCUGUAAGUUGAACCUUACAUACAUAGAGGCUGUGAAUUUGGAAAAAAAGACGAAAAUUGAUGAUCCAGUCGGAUAUCAUAAAGCUUGGCAAGACCUUUGUAAAAGCGAUGGUGUCAUUGUACCUGGCGGUUUCGGACAAAGGGGAAUGGAAGGAAAAAUAGAGGCAUGCCAAUGGUGCCGUGAGACACAAAAACCUAUUCUCGGAAUUUGCCUUGGACUCCAAGCGGCCGUCAUAGAAUUCGCUAGAAACGUUCUUGGAUUGAGAGGUGCAAAUACAACAGAAGUAGAUCUGAAGUGUGAGGAUCCACUAAUAAUAGAUAUGCCUGAACAUCAUCCAGGAAAUCUAGGUGGGACAAUGCGCUUAGGCAAGAGAAAGACUUAUUUGGAACCAAGUGUGAUAGCUCGUUUGUAUAACAAAGAUGUGAUAGAAGAACGCCACAGGCAUCGGUAUGAAGUGAAUCCAGAAUACAUAGAGAGGCUAGAGGCUGCUGGCUUGCGGUUCAUUGGCAAGGAUGAGGCCCGCACUCGAAUGGAAGUGGCUGUGGUGGAAAGUCACCCGUAUUACGUGUCUGUGCAAUUCCACCCGGAGUAUCUGUCGCGACCUCUGUCGCCUAGCCCGCCUUUCUUAGGACUUAUAUUGGCAUCACUGGGCAAGUUAAAAAGCUAUUUAUCUAAAGGUUGCCGUUUCAGUCCGAGAAAUCAGUCAGACGUCAGUUCAGAUGACGAUGAUGAUUUAUGCUUGAGUGACGAGAACGACAAGACAGUAGUCGAAAACGGUAACGUUAAACAAUUGAACGGUCUGAGCAAAUUAACCAUAGAGGAAUAAGUGUAUUGCGUUAAGUAACAAAAUGUUAAGUUAGUUUUCCUUUUUUAGUAAUUUAGGUUACAACGUUUUUUGUUCACUUCUACAGUGUUAGUUAUUUUUAUUCACGAUUAAGUAAACGAAUAUUUUACAAUGUUUUUUUUUCAGUAAGAGCUGUUUAUUGUGUAAGUCAAAGUAAACGUUAAUCUUAGCUUAAACGUUAAAUACACUCGACUGCAAAAAACUGGGCCAACCACUAGUACCUUGGAACUGUAAUUCGAUUUUUUCAAAAAGUAUUAAACUUACAACUAUUAAACAUUAAGUGUGUAUCAUAAUUAUUAAUAUAAAUAAAAAAAUAUUCUAAAGUACUUGUAAUUUACUUUGUGAUUGAGCAAGAACAGCAAUGCUAACAAUUUGCUAUUUUUUUAAUAAAGUCGCGACUAUCGUUCUUUUUUAUAAAAUGAAGAUAGUCUGAUACUUCUUAUCAUUUCCUUAGUUUUUCUCCAUAUUUUUCUCAGACGUAAGUAUUUUUGCUUCGUUCGUUACUUCAGAAUACCACAAUUGGAAAACAAUUCUUCCUUGGUUUUUUUUUUAAAUAAAAAAAUAAUUAAUUGAUUAAUCUCAAUAAAUUCUAGUUCAUUUUAAUCACCACGAAACGCACUUUCUGUAGUUAUAUUUUUGAUAGAUGUAAGUUUUAUACUUUUUGAGAAUAUCAAAUCAGAGUUCCGUGGUAGCAACUGACCCAGUUUAUUUACAGUCAACUGUAGUUUUCCUUUUUUAGUAAUUUAGGUUAAAACGUUUUAUGU